AUGGACAUUCCCGAUGAUGAGAUUCUGGAUGUUGUUCCUCUCUCUGUCAUUCCCUUCGAGGCCAUUGAUUUGAACCAACCCGUGGAUGCCUCAGCUUCUACAUGCCCCAAUCAAGGUAACAUCUCUAGUAUUCCUUCUGGCUCAACUCCUGCCACUAAUUCUAAGGAAGAUAUACACCACACUGAUCGUGUUAUAAGAAACCUAGUCACUAGAAUCCUUAAUGAAGGAUAUUCUGUGAAGGGAGUUUCUACUCCCCUGUCUAAAAUGUACCCCUCUCCUGAGGUUGAACAACAUAGUGAGAAGGAUGAUGAUUCCUCCAGUUCUGAGAAGGACAUGGCUAUUGAAGGGUUGUACUCUCUAGGGAAAACUGUGUCUGAAAAAGGAAAAUUUGUGGCAUCUAAAACUGUCAAUGCUUCCCACUCUGAGAAGCAUGAUGAUGCAAACAAUGUGAUUGGCCUAGAGGAUGAUAGGUCUGAUGAUCAAGAGGAGAGUUUACUUCAUCACUUAAAGACAAGUGUGGCUAAACGCAUGAAGACUCGAAAAGGAAGAUUUGUGGCUGAACUUAUGUCAACUAUAAAAGCUAAGAAGAGUGCUGAUGUCCCUGACAUCUCGCCUGUGAAGAAAACCACUGCUAGGAAGUCUUCUGUUAAAGUUGUUGUUGUUCAUUUGGAUAACAUCUCCUUCCAUCUUGAGGAUGGAGCUGCCAAGUGGAAAUUUGUGAUUCAAAGAAGGGUGGCUUUGGAAAGGGAGUUAGGAAAAGAUGUUGUUGAUGUCAAGGAGGUCAUGGACCUAAUAAAGGCUGCUGGGUUGUUGAAGACUGUGGUUGGGUUCUCUCAAUCCUAUGAGGGUUUAGUUAAGGAAUUCAUUGUCAACAUUCCUGAGGAUAUUGAUGAUAAGAAUAGAAAGGAAUUUUGCAAGGUGUUUGUGAGGGGUAAGUAUAUCACAUUCUCUCCCGCUGUUAUUAAUAAUUUUCUAGGAAGAAAAAUUGAGGGUGCAGGUGAAUUGGAAGCUACAGAUAAUGAGGUCUGUAAAGAGAUUACAGCUAGGCAGGUGAAAGGUUGGCCUAUUAUAAAGCAUCUUCCUGCUGGGAAGUUAACUGUCAAGUAUGUUAUAUUGCAUAAAAUAGGAGCUGCAAAUUGGGUCCCUACCAACCAUAUUUCCACCAUUGCUAAUACCCUUGGAAGUCAUGUCGAGGAUAUUGUCAUGACAUUUGCCAUGAAAAAGCCAACCUCAAAAGUUGGAACAAUUGCUGAGCUUAAGGAGACUUACAAAGAUCUGGGUGAAGGGAUAAUGGUAGCAACGGCUAGGAAACAAUCGUUGGAAACCUUGAUUGCAAGCUUGGAGCAGGCUGAAGGUGAAAAUAUUAAACAUGUUAAGGAAGCUGAAGCCCACACCUCUAGUGAGAGGUCUGCAAACAAUGAUGAGACAAGUGGCAAUUCAGUUUCUGGUGCUGAUGAAGCUGCAAGCUCAAGCUCUACUGAUUAG